ACUAACAGUAGCAUAAGUCGAAGACGAAUGAUUCAAUAAACAUCUAAUCAGUGUGGUUUUACUGAAUCGUACCAAACGACCAAAACGAUGAGAUUUUCAUUAGCAAUCAUUUCGGCAUUCAUAGUUUUAGUCAUCAUAAAUGUCUCGUACGUGAACGCAAAAAAUAUUAUGACUACUACAGAUGGUAAAAUUAAUUUGGAAAAUACUUUAAAGCAUGGUGAUAAAGCUAAAGACGAAAAUACAACAUCAAAGAAUAACCAUGGCAAAAAGUCCAAGUGUACUCACAUAUCACACAAGCGCUGUACUCUUCCCCAUACAAGUACUACACAGUUACCGGAUAAAAUGCUACAAUGUCCAAAUGGAUAUUAUUAUAAUGACCGCUUUGGAUGCGUGAAAAUAUUGGAUUACAUUGUAUAAAUUAUAGUAAAACUAAUUUAAUGAUUUAUAUAAAAUAUAUUAUAUUAUCUAUCAACGUUUAUA